UGUCCCAACGAAACUCCCUUAGCUCAGCUCAAGGACAUUACGUAAAGGGAGAAAACGUGAAGGCCGACAAAUUGAAGGAUUACGAAGAGGUUUGGAAUCGCCCGAGCUGUUGGCCCGCAGCGGGCCGAUCGUGGCAGAAUGUGGCUUUGGUAUUUUCUGCUGGGAUCGGGAACGGGCAGCUCAGUCUAUUGCCAGCUUCUUCCUGGGAAUAACUUUACAGCAGAGUGCAACAUACCUGGAAACUUCAUGUGUGGAGAUGGCAAAUGUAUUUCUGGAAACUGGCAGUGUGAUGGCUUUCCAGACUGUUUUGACAAGAGUGAUGAGAAGGGCUGCUGUAUCCCUCUGCCAUCACGACAGGUGUCACAAGAGACAGGUGUUAAUGAAAAUGACAGCACAGCAAAGGUGAAGUCGAAGUGUGCACCUACAUUCUUUGCUUGUGCAAAUGGGCUCCACUGCAUUAUUGGCCGCUUUCAAUGCAAUGGCUUCAAAGAUUGUCCUGAUGGCAGUGAUGAAGACAACUGCACUGCUAACCCUCUGGUGUGUUCAUCCGCACGGUUCCACUGUCAAAAUGGACGGUGUGUAGAUCGCAGUUUUCUAUGCAAUGGACAAGAUAACUGUCAAGACAACAGUGAUGAAGAGAACUGCCUUACAACAGCAGAAUCCCCAGGACAGGACUUUGUGACACUGGACUAUCGACUGCGCUAUUACCCCAGUAUCACUUAUGCAGUUAUUGGCAGUGCCAUCAUCUUUGUCUUGGUGGUGGCAUUGAUGGCCCUUGUUCUGCACCAUCAGAGAAAGCGAAGUGUCUUGUUGCCUCAAGGUGUCCACAGAGGUGCCUGUCACCAGCCACUCCUGCUGUCUCGGUUUGUGAUAGUGGACAGAGGACAUGUCCAUCCAGCAGGCCGUGGCCUUUCCAUAACCCAGUGUUCAUCUCAGUCAGAGCCAUUCAGUUCGGUUCAUAGGCUUCAGUUGCUGUCUCACUCACAAUAUCCUACUGCAGCGAUAAACCUGCCACCAUCAUACUCGCAAGCUGUACGGGAUGUUGGCCGACCCCCAUGGUUUGAUCUCCCACCUCCUCCUUACCCUCCAGAAGCUGAAGCUCUGUCUGAGAGGGAACUGCCUAUGAUUGACUAUGAGGAUCCAGAAUCAGCCACCUCAAGGGUUAUACCUCCACAGACCAGGAUCAAUGCUGACUCCAGUUCUGCAGUGGAGUCUCAGCAGCCUUCAUUUUAAAA